UUUAUACUUCGUUGAAAGGGAACCAGCGUAGAUGAACUCAUUGAGCAAAACAGGAAGAAUUUGACACCGAAGGCUAGAAACGGCGGAGGAAUGCUAUCGAAUUUUCUCGACAGAGGACAAACGCUUGCUCCGUCUUAGUUCAUUUUGUAACUUCUGAUAGACUGUGCCACCUGGACUCAAGUAUGGCAUGGAGCCAUCAUAGAAAUCCGAGGAACUAAGGAGACUUCAUUUACAUCUCACAAAAUUUUACAGUGAGGUCCAUCUGUGCUGUACUUCAGUUGUGUUGGAAUAAUCCAGUACAUGUUAACGUACGCUAAUUCAGAAUAAAAAAACAAUCACGACCGGUGCCCAGCUUCCAGUGUACCAGUGAUACUGCUAUCAUGUGUGCAGCAACAACCAAUGGGGGCAGUAGCCCAGGUCAGCUCAGUCCGGGAGUCAGCCCUUUGGGAAGUGGUCGCAAACGGACCACCAACAGAGCCUAUAAGGCAGAGGACCAGGCACUGUCAGAUAUCACACAAGAGGCGGAAGCUCGACUGGCCAAAAAGCGUCAAGCGAGGGCUGAAGCUCGAUCCAUUCGAAUGCGGGAGCUUGAGAAAAUGCAAAAAGAGGCCGAGGAGCAGAUGGACAAGGAAUAUGAGCAACAAAAAGAAGAAAAGAAAAGCCACCGACUAAGAUUCAUGAAAUCCAGCAGUGUGAUCCCCCCCGUUGUGCCCAAUUCUAGCGGGGGAAGCUCAUCGCGAAGAGGAAGUACCGAUUCCAUCGAGUUUGAAUCAGUAGCACUCAAGAGUGAGGCAGCCGCCCCACCGGCUGAGGAAGAACCCAGCCCAAAGGAAUUGGAGGCCAUUGCUGACUUGGAGGAAAAGUACAAGAAGGCUAUGAUGAACAAUGCACAACUUGAUAAUGAGAAGGCGACCUUGAUAUUUGAGGUGGACAUGUUGAAGGACCGUCAGGAGGAAUUAGAAGAAGCUAUGCUGGAAGUACAGAGGGAAGCUAGGGAUAAACACAGGGAACUAGAAAGCAAGAAGAGGGAAAACCUGUUACUGCAGAAGGAAGUGGAUUCAUUGAAGGAAAUGGUGACACAAAGAGACACUCUGAUAGCUGAACAUGGUCUUCUCCUUGUGGGUGACGAGGAACGUCUAUCAGACAAAGACCUGCCAGAGGGCCAGGCGUCCCACAAACCCAAACUUCCCAAAGUUGGCACCAUCGUGGUAGUCUCGCCGGAGGCUGCCGAGCUCUUGGAGGUUGUUGGAGACGGGCCGCUAGAUGUCCGGCUGAAACGAUUUGUGGAGGAGAGGAAAGAACUUCUAGAAAAAAUUAGGAGACUAGAAAUCGAUUUAGAAGAUGAAAAAGACAAGGUUGCCACAGCGGAGAGAAGGCGACCAGCCCAAACGUCAUCUGUCAAUGGACCAGAAAUAGAUGUGCUAGAUAUCCAAAGAGAAGCUAGUAGGCAAGUUAAUGAAUACAGAUUCAAGUACCAGAAAGCAGAACAAGAGUUAGCGACUCUAGAAGGCCAUGUCAUGCGGCUAGAAGGUCAGGUGAAGCGAUACAAGACGGCCGCAGACACGGCAGAGAGGGUGGAAGAGGAGUUGAAACAGGAACGACGCAAACUACAACGAGAGAUCCGCACUUUGAAAGACAAGAAUGAAGAGUUUGAAACGGAGAAUAGCCACCUGACCAAGCGAUUGGAGAAAAUGAAGAACGCCAAGCUAAGCUUGAUCAAGUGACCCAACGGGACAGAGGAGCAGUCUUCGUAAUCAACAACUAUUCAUUUAGUAGUAACAGUGCACAAAUAUUUCCUGUACUCCUAAAAAUAGAUUGUGUAAAUUUGCAUUUCUGAUCAUAGCGCCCUGUUGACUAAAUAUCUGGAGCGCCCUCUAUUGGUCAUUAGAAGUUGGCACUUCAUCUGAAAACUCAAAAAACUUUGUGAUGUACUGAAACGAAGGUCACUAUCUCACAGCCUGCUGAACUUUCGCAAACAAAGUCAAAAGUUUCUUAACACUUGGCCAGUUUCAAACCGUUUUAGUGUUCAAAAACUUUUUACCUAGCUUUUUGUCACUGUCAUAAGUCAGUUUUCAAUCACCAAUGAUGGGAAUGUUUCAGCCAACAUUUUAUAAAGCUACGCACGCUUUUCGGUUUGUUGGAUUUUUCUUCUUUUUCUUUUUUUUUUAGAGAUUCUUUGCUUUUGAGAUUGACCAAUAUUGUAAAUUAUAAACCAAGUGUCAGUGGAUUGUUUUCAGCAGUUGUACUAUUCCAGACAAAAGUCUGGACUUUGGCUCUGACAUAUUCAAAAAGUCGGGCAUCUUAUCCAAACUCACAUUUCGAAAGUUUGCAGUCACUUCAAUAUUUUUUAUGGGGGGGGGGAAUCGAAGGAAGUCGGUGAAUGAUGAAAGACGCUGCCCAUAUUACAACCACCAUGUUAAGGACAUCUACCCCGAUAGACUUUGAUAGUCCAAGAGAUCAAUUCUGCUUGAAGUGUUCACUUACACCUAGCUUCAUUCUCUCGUGGUACAUGUAUGUAGAUUUCAAUUGGAGUAACAGCUUAAGUUGGCCUUAGUGUUUCAGAGUUGUUAAACAUGCAUCUGUACAGAAUUUUUUUUAAUCGUUUUAUUAUGCCUUGCCAAAAAACUAGCCUCUUUGUUUGGUUUAAUGCAUGAUUAUUUCAAACCUUCAAGACAUCCAUCUUUUUUUAGAAACUUGCAUUGGUGUGUGGAAUGUUCAUGGUGUCCCAGAAUCCAGGAAGUAUGUACAAAUUUAAAAAAAAAAUUUCUUCAGAGGAAUCCGAAAUUGUAGAGGAAUUCUGAUGUUAGGCACAGCCGUCAGAUUAAGCUUUUUUGCUUUUAUAGAGCUGCAGGAAAAGCAUUCAUCUGCAAACCCAAGAUGAUGGGAACAAGGCCACUACAUGCUGAAAAUUAGUUCUUAAAUAUUCCAUAGCUCAUUUAUUUGUACAUGUAGCGUGUAUUACAGAGGCAAAGAUCAACAUUUUUAGGACAUCCAUUUUGGGGUAGGCACACUGGGAUUUGGUUGGAGAAUGUCCAAUGAUUACAUAUCCUGAGUGAAUAUGCACUUCCAACUAGUGUUUUUGUAAAAGAAAAGUUUUUCCUGUAAAGACUUUCAAAGGGCUGUACCAGCCAUUCAGAUUUUGUUCUAAAAUGCCACCAGUUUCUAGUAUUUGGUUUGAAAAGGAAUUGUCGCGCAUACUUUUUUUUUAAUGAACUUGGAUAUUUGCACAUUAUCUAGAUUAGGUGAAUGUUCUUAUACUUCACUAUGUGGGUGUUCACCAGAAGCUUUCUGCUGAAAAGAUUAGAAAUCGAUGGAAUUUUAAUCCUGAAAAAAGUGUUUAUUUCUAUCAUCCAACAAAUUAAAUUGAAAGAUUGUCAACUAGAAAAAAUAGGGACUAUAGAGACCGUGUGUUUCUUUUUUGACUAUUAAAAGAAAAUGUACACGAUGCAUACCAAUGUUGAACGGCUAAUUCCACAAAAUUGCAUACUGUUUCUCAUUUGCAUGUAAUGAAUAUUGAUGAUGUGCAUACAGAGUGCUUAUGGGUAAUUUUGUUUCGAAAUA